GGAAAUUGCAGGAUUUGUUUUGUAUGAGCUCUUGUAUUGGCAGUGUUCUGAUGUCAUUGUGCAAUAUAGCAUUUAUACAGGCAUGUGGGACAUUCAUUCUGCAGAUAACACAGUAGCCGGCAGACAUCUUAUUUCUGACAGUGUUAGAAGAUUAAGCAUUUUGUUUGAGAAAUGAUGACAUUACAGGGCUGUGAUAAAGACUGUUUCAGCACCAGUGGUGUUGUGGUGCCUGGAGGUUAGACUCUAAUUUGGCUGUAACAGCCAUUCUGGGGAGUGAAAUAUUCCACAACAAUAAGACGUUCUGCACAUUGCUGCGCUUAAAACAAUAAUAGUUCAGCAACAUAUACAACUCUGGAAAGAAUUACCUUUUUCUUUCCUUUCCAAAAAAGUUGAAAAGGAAAGUGUUGAGUGAGGAACAGAAGCGUUCAGUUUGCAGUGGUCUCUUAAUUUUGUCCGGAGAUGUAUGUUAACCAUUCUGAUCUGUUGCAUCAGCCUAAAUAAUUGAUAGAGGGAAUAUAGUGGUUUCUCAAUGAAACAGUGUGUAAAUUACCUGCACUACUUUGAUAUACAUCAGUGAUUUUGACGUCAUUAUAUACCAUGCCUACUGAAGAAAAGGUGGUUAAAUGGUGUAUAUUCCCUCCACUGUGCCACUGUGUAGCAUAUAGCACUAGCAUGACUCACACUAGACCUUUCGCACACAUUCAUCACCUAUUCCAUUGAUUGAGGUUGGGCCUUAAGAUAGCUGAAGUAGACUUGAUUAUCCAAGUCCAAGUUGGUUUCUAACCGGACUCCAGGAUCAAUACCUUUAUUGAACAUUAUUGCAGAGGCCUGGGAGUUUCUGGGUGACAACCUAUCAAUCAUAACCAAAUCCAUUUCAAGGUCGUCUGGAUGCCUGUGCAACAUUUACCAGACCAGUUAACACAUACAGACCUCCUAUUCAGCAUUUUGAUCCUACAUGCAGAGUGUGUAAUGGUGACAAGUCAUGCUCAGUGGAUAUUGCCCGGUUGGAUAUUUGCAUACCGGUAUCACGCUUUGUUGGGAUCUGCAGUAUGUUACUAUGAGUCUGAACACGCAGGGAGAAGGAGAGCUGGUUGGGCAGGCAGUCAAUGUUCAGAGUAGGGAGGAUGGUCCCUGGGUGUUACCCUUCAUAGCUCUGAGGAGGCCUGAGGAGACUUGUUGGAAGCAGACAGAGGGAGUUGUUUGUUUUGUCAGCUGGAAGGACAGGAUUACACAUAGCUUUAAGGUGAUUCUGCUGUACCAGUGGAAGCAACUGGAGAAUUUGUAUUUUCGGGAGAAGAAAUUUGCUGUGGAAGUGAAUGACCCUCACAGGCGAGCCGUGACAAAGCGUACAUUCGGCCAAACUGGCUUAGUUAUCCACACAUGGUACGCCAGCCACUCCAUGAUCAAAACCAUCUGGGUCAUGGCUAUCAGUCAGCACCAGUUUUACUUGGACAGGAAGCAAAUCAAGGGUAAAAUAACCGCAGCGAAAAGUUUGGGUGACAUUGCCGUAGAUCUAACAGAACAUGGAGGAGGAACCAAAAUAUCCAGACUUGGAGACAACCUGAAGAACAACCUCAUUAUGGCUAGCACUGGCAGCCUGGUGUCCACAGGUUCUGCAGAUUCAGUUGUAGAUGAAGAGCAAAAAAAGGAGAAGAUCUCUGAGCUAAAGAAGAAGGAGCAAGAGAUCCAAGAUGUUUUGACUCAGAAAACAAAGGAGCUGAAGAAAAUCUGCUUGAGAGAGGCGGAGCUCACAGGCAAACUGCCAAAAGAGUAUCCUCUGUCUACAGGUGAGAGACCCCCCCAUGUGAGACGACGGGUUGGCACGGCCUUCAAACUGGAUGACCUCUUCCCAUACAACGAGGAUCCUUAUCUAAGGAACUUAGAGAGCAUGUUUGCUCUGCAGCAGAAGAUUGUAGAAGCAGCGAAGAAGCUUGCCUCUGAGUCAGAGCUCUGUAAAACUGUGAAAAGGAAGAGGAGGAGGAACUGUCAAGAUGCCAUGAGAAAACUGCAGCAGGUUGAAGACGAGAUGAACCAGUACAGAAUCAAGAAGGGCAAGAAGCCUACCCAAAGAGCCUCUUUGAUUAUUGCAGAUGAACUAACCCGUUUAGAGACUAGCUCCUUGUCCGACAGUCAGAUACUAGAUGAUGAUGACUCUGAUGGUGCUCAGAGGCCCCGGUCUCGCUCGGUCCAGUGUUCCCCUCAGACCAGCCCGCCGCGCUCCCUGGAUCACCACAGUAACAACAACAAAAGCCUUGGCAGGCUAGAGUUCAACAGCCAGGACGCGUCCCAUCACUACCACCCCAGGGAGGUGUCGUCCGCACACAGCAGCCCCUACAAAACCCUGCCCAGACCUCCGCGGGACCCCUGCGGCAUGCCCCGCACCCCUGUCAUGACCCGCAAUGCCUACAGCAGCAGCCAACUCCGGAUGGAUGGAAACUCUCAGUCUUUCAGGCACCGCAGCGGGAGUCUGGAGUCUCAGCAACGACCACUGAAGGACGCUGACUCGGAGAAGCCGGUGUUCACCCUGUCCCCAGCCCGGAGGACCAACAGCACGGAGGCCCUGGAGGACUGCUCCUCCUACACCAGCCAGUCCAGCCUGGACUACCCGGGAAACCCCCACUACUGCACCCUGGACUCUCGAACCCGCAACCAUCAGCUGCACCGGAGGGUGGAGGUGUACGGAAACACGGGCAGCAUGCCCAACCUGGUCCAGAACCACAUAGGCUGUAGUUACACGUACGAGCCCCCGGGACACUACGCGCCGGCCGCUUACUACGUGGCAGGCUACCCCUGUCCAGACAUGGAGCCCUACACCAACGGCGCGCCGUAUGUGUACGAGAACGAGAUGGAGGGCCACUACAACGUCAACCCUUCCUACCAGGUACACAGUUACCAUGGACACGAGCGCUACAGGACCUAUAGGAGCGACCGGGCGGACAGCCUGGCUCAGAACCCCUACGCCACCAUGAGGUUGCCUCGGACUAGACAGGGGCCACGCCACGAGCCGUUGCAGAAGAACAUGCAGAAGGCCCUGGUAGCUGAGCACCUCCGAGGGUGGUAUCACCGCAGCGGGGGCCAGCGGGAGGCCAGCAGGGGUCUGGCUGGGUGUGACUAUGAUGUGGGCUCUCAGCUCAGCCUGGGGUAUCAGACCAUGCCAGCCCCCCUCAGCCACUCCAGCCGAACCACGUCCUACUCCUCAGUUUCAUCAACCAGCACGGGGAACUGGCGCAGCCAGCUUGCCGUGGGUCUGUCAGAUUAUGACAACAUGCUAGACUCACCACAGCACCCUCAGCCAGGAGCCCAAACCAACUACAACCGGAGCCCUACCCAUUCCAGAUUUUCCCCAGAAUUCAAUGUGUUGAAGAGGUCUGAUACGAUGCCACAGAAAUCAGAGUCACUAGAGGUGUUUGGUGCUGUAGCCAGUUGCACUGAGGAUGACGAUUAGGCAGACAUUCAAAGACAGAAGGAAGAUUCUACAUGGAUCGAAAUUACAUGGGCAUCCACUAAAGAUAAGAGGGUCCAUAUAAAAACUGUUGAGCCCAACAAUGAAAGCUCAGGCCGCUGGAAGGAUCCCAACUAACCUCUGAACCCAUAAUAUGACACUCGAAUGACUCCCAUGUGCCUUGGAUUGGAUGGAGAUCAGUAGUUGUAGAUCUGUUAAUGGCACAAAUGCAACAUUUUGCUUACCUGCAAAACCAGCUUUGUCAUUGUGAAUAUUUUAAAGAACCUUUAAAACAUUUUAAACAAUGGGAUACCUUUCUCCAACGUAUAUUAAACUAUUGUAAUAUGGAAAAAUAUUACUUAAAAAAAAGUGCUUAUGAUUUUUAUGAUAAUCAGUAAACUGUGUGUUGGGAGCGUGGGAAUAAGGUUCAAUAGCGGGCCAGAGUGGUGCCACACAGUACACACAUCGCUACUGAUCUACAGGUCAUAUCCUGAAAGUUGUAAAUUAACUUGAAUAUCUUUGUAAAACAUUUAGGUCAAAUUUAAGUUAUUAUUUACAAAAUGUGAUAAAAGAAUAAACCAACCCUCCUUUACAUGUCUGUGUGUUCCCGGUUGUCCAUCCGUGUGCUAACACUCUCUGUCCUCUCCUGAGUGUGACUCUGACAUGAGAUGUUCAUAUGGUUUAAAGGGUAAUAUGAUUUCAUAUUAUGUGCAAGUGUUAAUGUAGUGUACAUGGUGUGCAUGUGGCCAACAUAAACUUUUGAUAAGCAGCAUUUUUUUGUAUGAUUGUAAAAUGAUAUGCCUUUACCCCAAAAUAACGGUCCUUUAUUUGUUUCACUACAUAUUUGUACAUUCUCCAUGUAUUGUUAGGCUUUGUCAUCUCCUACUCUUAAGUGAAUUUUCUCCCAUUUGGAUUUAGGAACUCAAUAAAAACCAGUGUAAAACACAUAGA